AUGCUAAAUCGUAGAGAUGAGAUGAUCAAAGAGGCUUUGAGAAAGGAGAAAAUAUUGGAGAAAGCAAAAAUUAAGACGGAAGUGCCUGAAUCGGAGAGAUGGACAAUUCGAACAGGUCGUAUGAUGAAACAAUGUAUUGAGAUUUUUGAGCAAGAUGUUGCUGAGAAGAAAUUAGAUGUUCCAAAGAGCCGUAAUUAUCAGGUUGGUGAAAUAUCAUUUUUUCUGAAAUCCACGUCAUCAGCUAGAAGAAACCCGUCUCAUCCAACUGUUCUAUUUUUAAUCCUUAAAAAAUCCGUUGAUGUGAGAUCUUCCUGUUCAAAAAUCAAAAUACACAAAAAAGGGCGAUCGUUUUUUCUCUUUUUCUCUGCCGUCUGCUAUCAGAAGCUGGACGUACAAUUAGACUAGCCGUUUAACAGAUUUUUUUGAGUUAUUCCUAGAGAUUUUUUUGAGCGCGGCGCUUAUGCGUAGCGGUUUUGGUUUUUUAGACAGCAAGAGUCACGGUAUUGCGGAUGUUUUUUGGAAUACAAAAUGGGGGAAGAAUAAUAUAAAAUGCUAUUGGGAUGUUUGAAACAUGAAUAACUUGAGAUAACUUUUUUGAAAUCAGAGAGCUAAUUUUCGACUAUAAUUUUUUAGUUUUGAAUAGUCAAAGUAUGCAAAAACUGAAAAACCUAAUUAAAAAAACUUAGAAGCUGUUGGUUUUGAUUUCCACGUCCAAAACUUUCAUAUAGUUUUGCUUUGGUUCAAUUCAGGCAUUUAUUCUGGUAGAGUUCUCAAGAGUUUUGCUUUCCAACUUCCAGAAGCUGAAAGUACACCACUAUACUUUUAUCUUGAAUUAAUUAUGAGAGUGACUUCAAGUAAUACAUCUGAAUUUAUUCAAAAUAUCAUGAUUCGCGCCUGCGCCGCGUGUGCGUCGCGUUUUUUUGUGAAUUCAUGAUUAUAGCUAGCGUGUGUUCAUGAUUAUAGCUAGCGUGUCAUGAUUAUAGCUAGCGUGUGGCUGAUAAUUAUAGAUUUAAACGAUAAAGUGCACAAGUGAGAAUUAGUAAUACAACCAUUAAUUAUGGAAUUUUCCGAAAACAGGAAAAGCGCAAAUGAUAUGUUGAGAAACUGAAAGUAGUUGAGCUUGUACGGAAAGGAAAAUCUGAAUUUUGAAGUCAAAGCUCAAAAACAUAAAAAUAAUAGUUGAAGUUGGAAUCUGGAAAUUGAACCAAAAAAAAAAGAAAUUCCGUGAACAACUAAACCCAACCAUUUAUUCCAGCGAAACCGCAAAAUCAACCAAUAUGUGAAAUGGUUCCGCCGUGCAAUGGAUAUUCCAACCGCCUCCAAACAUCUUUUGCCAAGACAUCGUCUCAACGAAUAUCGCCAUCGUUCAAACGCCGAAGAUACAGUCCGCAAAAUCUACAAAAUCUAUCCAGACGAGGCAAUUCGUUUUCCAAAUCACACGGAUUUAUUCAAAUUGUAUCUGGAUCUUCGUUUGAUGAAAUGGAUCGAGACAAGCCAAACGAAAAUCGAAGAUUUUUAUAACAAUUUUGCUGAGGUUGACUAGUAGGUUUUGUUUACAUUACAUCGGGCAAAAAAUGAAGAAGGAAGACAAAAUAAAAUAAAUCAUAGUUUUUUUCAAUUUUCGAAUCCAAACAAAACACAUUUAGCAAAUGGAAAGUGCAUUAAAAUCACAAGACAAAAAGCCUCAUUUGGUAUUCAAAUUUGUUUAUUUCAGAACGUUCGGUGACCAGCUCGUUUCUCAUUUUUCGUUUUUUUCCUAUUCUUCUUCUUCUACUUGAAAAUAUUAAUUUGUAUCCUUUUUUUGUAAAUUACUGUACUUUUUUGAAAUACUAUUUUUUUCUGAUUGUGAAUGUGAAAAAUUGCUUUCUAGCAACUCGAAUGAUAAUAAUAUGUUGCACUUAUUGAAUUUUCUCUCUCCUUGGUUUUUGCCAUAAAAAUCUCACAUUAUUUUAAUACAAUAAUGUGAAAUGCUAAUGUCUAUAGCAACCUUUUCAUUUGUAUUUUUCUCCAUUGAUUUCCAGUGUUUUUUCAUAUAUUUUUUUAGAUUUUAGGUUUUUACUGAUUCAAUUUUUCUGUCUUUUCCCUUCUUCUCUUUUUAAUUUUACUUUUAUUUAUUUAUUAUUUUUGAGAUGAGCAAUGAAAUGGUUCCCGCGAGUGUGGCUUUCCAAGAAUUGGUUAAAAUUUUUAAACAAAAAGGUGCUGAGAGAAUGGCAAAAUGGAAAAGAGAUACAUUGGCGGCGUUGGCGUUGAAAGCAUUUCUGCAAAGAUAUCGGGAUGAAAAACAUUCAGAUUUGAACAUUAAAAGAGCGUUGGAGAUUUGGGAGGAAGAAAGUCAGGGUGAUGAUUUUUCAGUUUAUGUGAGUUUGAGGGAGUAGGUUCACAAUCAAAAGUUCUAGAAUCUCAUCAGAUUAUCUAAUUAAUUCCAUUUGGGAAUUUGCCUUAACUAAAUAAAAAAUGCCUACCCAGACUAAUAAAAAAUAUCCCAAAAAUAUCUUCCAGGAAGAAUACGUCAACAUUUUCUGCACCGAAUUACGCACAUUGCAUCAAGUUCCAUACUUGGAACUUGGCGAAGUAAUUGGUUUGAAUUUUGAAAGUGAAGAUGAUUGUCGGUGUGGAAUGAAGGCUUGGAUUGAGCUUUUCCCUCACCGUGAAAUCAAAAUGCCAUUGUUCAUCUCGACCAUCAAAUUGUAUUUUGAUUCAGUUUUCUGCAAUCUUCGUCUCACCGACACUGCAAUUCACAAACUUAAAAGGUAUUUUUUUGAAGAUAUCGUAAAUUAUUAAUCAGAGAAAUUUUCAGACUCUCGCAAUAA